AUGGAUGGGUUCGCGCGUCAUGCCGGCGCCGCACCGGCCUCGGCAUCGCUGGCCACGGCGCGCGCGGCCGCCGAGACGAGGGACGCCCGCGACACGCGCGUUCCCCUUGCGGUUGCGACCGGCGAUGCGCAUCCACGGGCGGAUUGUCCUUGGGAACCGGGAGCCGAACCGGGAGCGCGCGACAGCCUCCGAGAGCCAAGCAAACGACAGCCCGAGAACCCGGCGCCGACAGAGGCAUUGCAGUCUGACCGACCGGCCGCCAUCGUGACGCAAGAUGCGACUGCGACUUCGGAUGAGGUUGUGCAAGAACCAGUGGGCCGUGCCGCAUUCGCAUCCGACGUGGUUCCCGCCCCGACUCGUGUGACGGAAAACAACGUCCAGUCGAGCGACGACAAGGACGCAGUCAACAACCCCGACUCGGGCCCAGUCGCAAAAGGGAGCGCAGGUGGAGGGAACGCACCGGCUCGUUUGCCGGCGGUGCUGCAUCGUCACGACGCCGCACCCGCCACCACGGUGCCGACGUUAGUGCCGCAAACCCCGGUCCGCGGCGAGGUUGCCGGCUCAGACGGCGCACAACACCAGCCCGGAGAGCUCCACGCUGCGCCGGAUAUCAAGCACGACUUUGACCAGGUCGACGGCCACCGAAUCCUGCGUUUCCAGCCGACCAAGGAACAGUGGGACGACUUCCCCGCCGUCUUGGCUUCUGCGAGAAGUCUCGGCGCCGACGGAGACGGCUGCUUCAAGGUCGUCAUACCAGAGGGCCUCGGAGACGAGCUGCCAGAGAGGCCGGCGCAGAUGCUGCUGUCCAACGCCUACAGAGUCAAGCUGAUGAGGCGGACGUCCUUCUGGCAAGUCAGCACGGUGCCGUCGGAGGGCGUCUUCGCAUCGUCGUCGCGGCCCGGCGCGGAACUCACCGAGCCCGUCGACGCGCUGCUCAAAAGGCUCAAGCACCUCUUCCGGAAGCACCAGAACCGACAGCUGCGCAACAUCAGGUACAGGGUCGACGUGCCCGCGUGGACCAGGACGCAGCGGCGCCUGGCCGGCGUCCCGGACAGGAGCCCGAUCCACCCGCUCAAGGGCGACAAGCUCGACGGCACCAGGGCCGUCAUCCCCGGCAUCCACACGCCCUACGUGUACGAGUCCGCGGCCGCCUUUGGCGCCUCGUUCCAGAUCCACGCCGAGGACUUCCGCCUCGCCUCCCUGAACCACCUGUACAGGGGCCGCAAGAUCUGGAUCGUCAUCCCCGCCACGCAGGUCGACGUCGCCGAGAGGGCGCUGGGCCGCGGCCCGGGCUGCUCGCAGUUCAUGCGCCACCGCGCCGAGUUCUUCUUCCCCGACAAGCUGCGCAAGCUGGGGAUACCGCACAGGAUCGUGGACCAGCGCCCCGGGGAGACGGUCGUCAUCCUGCCCGACGCGUACCACGAGGGCUUCAGCUGCGGGUACACCAUUGCCGAGGCCAGGAACUACGCCGACCCCGCCUGGACGCCCGACUCGUACCAGCCGUGCCAGGCGAGCUGCAGGCUGGCCACGGCCAUUCCUGCCGCCCUGAUGAGGCCCCUCGGGGAGGGCGAGCAGCGGCUGGACCUGUGUGCCGCGUACGGCGACGGCCCUUGCCUGCCUGCGCCCGCGCCUGUUGUUGACGCGCCCGAGCCCGAGCCCGGGAAGAGGGAGACGGGAGAAACGGAUGGCCGGGGCCCCGCGUCGACGGGGGCCGGGGCGCACGAGGCGAAGCGCAUCAAGAUGUGUGAGUCGUAG